AAGGUCCUAAGAAUACUCUGUAUACAGUGUUUGACGAACAACGGUCUCAAACCAAAAGUAUUAGAGUACUAUAUGAGAGAAAUUGUACAGGUGAACUUACUUUUUUUUCACUUGAUAGCUCUAUCAGUUCUAAACUGUUCUUUCUAGGGGUCCAGCGAGGAUUAUCACUUAUUGAUGCGGUGUUAUUACAGGAGGAAACCUAAACUUAACUGAUUUUAUUUAUACUGGACAGCUUUGUCAGUUCUAAACUGUUCUUCCUAUAUGUCCAAUAAGAGUCAUCACUUAUUGAUCCAGUGACACGUGAUGACACACUAAAUGACACGUGAUGACAUGUUUCUAGACAUACGGUGCAGAUGUGUUUUAUCGAGCCAUGACACCGCUGGAUACUACAGGAUUUCUAAGGACACCAACAGCUCGACAUUUUCCUACGCUUAGAAAAUCAUUUCAUCUUGAUGUUCACGAUGUACAAGAACAGGUGAUGUUUGUUUUUGUUCUGUUCUGUUCUGUUCUGUUUUGUUCUGUUCUGUGUUCUGUUCUGUUCUGUUCUGUUCUGUUCUGUUUGUUUGUUUGUUUGUUUGUUUGUUUGUUUGUUUGUUUGUUUGUUUGUUUGUUUGUUUGUUUGUUUGUUUGUUUGUUUGUUUGUUUGUUUGUUGUUGGUAGUGAUGACGGUGGUGAUUAUGAUGGUGAUGUUGGUGAUGACAGUGGUGAUGAUGAUGGUGAUGACAGGUCCCUCAUGAAUACCAGCUACUCAGUUGAAGAGGCUAGCCUGUUCAAAUAAAGUUUUCCAAUCCAAUCCAUGAUAAUGGUGGUGAUGUUGUUGGUUCGUGUUUGCAGCUUUUCAUAUUUCCACACUGAUUGUCAAAAAUGUUCGUAUUUCAGAACCCACGUGAUAUUUCCUACACAUACUCAGGUUAUGCUCCACUCAGCGUACGCUUGGCGCAACAUGCAGCCAGGCCUUCUGGUUGGAGGGGAGUUGAAGAGGUAUGGCACUAGUAUAUUCUAUUUUGCGAGCAGCCUGCGAAGAGACUGGACACUAUAUAGCAUACACGUUGCGCUUAGUUUAUAACUGGACUGUUUUCGUUCAGUACUUCUGAAUGUGACUACAUCAUUUUCCCCACAGGUGCUAAAAUUACUACCAGGUCCUACGAUUGAUGAAAUUCAACAUUUGCCACAAGGUUUACACAAACGUAAGUUAGUUGCAACCAAACCUUUUUGGCCAGCACAAAGAGAACCCUAGGUAUGAGGUUGACCUUUUUGGAAUAGAACCUGGGAUUUGCGUUUUCACUUCCAAAUCGCUUAAUAAUUGGAUUAACUGACAUCCCUUCUGUAAUAUUGAUCCAAUGUUACUACAGGAGGAAACCUAAACUAAUUUUAUUUAUACUGGAUAGCUCUAUCAGUUCUAAACUUCUCACCCUAGAGGUCCAGUAAGGAUCAUCUCUUAUUGAUCCAGUGUUACUACGGGAGGAAACCUACACUAAUUUCAUUUAUAGUGGAUAGCUCUAUCAGUUCUAAACUAUUCUACCUAGAGGUUCAGUAAGUAUCAUCUCUUAUUGAUCCAGUGUUACUACAGGAGGAGACCUAAAUUAAGCUAACUUUAUUUAUACUGAAUAGCUCUAUCAGUUCUAAACUGUUCUUCCUAUAGAGGUCCAGUAAGGAUCAUCUCUUAUUGAUCCAGUGUUACUACAGGGGGAAACCUAAACUAAACUAACUUUAUUUGUAGUGGAUAACUCUACCAGUUCUAAACUGUUCUCACUAGAGGUCGAGUAAGGUCUAUCUCCUAUAUGGAAACUGAGUACCCAAAGAAAACCUGUGCUGUUUAGUAGAGUCAAACUUGAAGCAUUCUUCUCACAUGUGACUGAGGUGAAAUUAUAAUCAGACAACUGCAUAUUGUAAGAAUCAAACCCUCGAUCACAGAGGCGUAAGAUACAUGCACUGACCACUUGGGGUACCAACAUCACGCAACAGACGUAAAACUUUCUCGAUAAAUAAUUUUCCUCCAGGGACUUUGUCUCUCAGUGGUAGUAUGGAAUCAGGCGACGGACCUCAGAAAGUUACUCUGGUUUAUUUUCUUGGUGGAUGUACGUACGCAGAAGUCGCUGCCUUGCGAUUUCUAUCUCAACAAGAUAAUGGUAAGAAGACUUAAUUAUUUUAUAACACGUGGCAGAUUCCGACAGCGAUAUAUGGGAUCGCUGAGUUAAGCCUGCUACUGUAGGUCGAGGGUAUGGCUUUUACUUGGGGUGGGUGGCUAGCCCAUGUACGUAGAGUUUGUUCUCAAUUUGAACUUGCAGGGUUAGUAAUCGUCUUUCUCUGAUGGCUAAAUUAAGCUAUCUUGUUACUUUAUCAUUUAGCUCCAACAGAUUACAUAAUUGCAACAACAAAGAUGAUUAAUGGUAACUCGUGGUUGGAAUCAAUCAUGGAAUCGAAGCCGGAAGAAAAUUCCAAUCCUUUCUUAUAGUCCAGAAUAAUAUAGACGUCAGAGUGCCGCGGUUUUCGUUUUUACUCCAACUGACGAUAAAUAGAAGUUAGUCACUGUGUCUGUGCAUAUAGAUUAUUGAAUCACAAGUUAUUCGUUGAAGGUCUGUGCAAUCUAGGUAACAUCUGGAGUUUCUGGUUCGUACAACUUUGGGAGACAUGGUUAAGGCUAGUUUCCACUCAGGAAAAUUAUCCGCAGAUUGGAACGGACAAGAAAAUUUUUCUUUGUGUUAAAGUCACUAGUUCCAACCCAGAGCUCGCAAGACAAAGAAAAUUUUCUUGUCCGUUCCAAUCCACGGAUAAUUUUCCUGAGUGGAAACUAGCCUUUAGGAAACGAUGUUUCCAUCAAGAUCGGACGAUUUCGAAACCCUACUCGAAUUUACGAUUCCCAAAACAUGGAAAAGUUGCCCUAACAUAGAAGAUGAUAUUAUAUAAUUGAACACGAAGACAUUUUGAUUAGAUGAAAUAUUUAUUGAAUUAAUUUUAGAGAAAAAAAGCGAUAAACUAAUGAAUUGAAAUCAUCAAUUUGUAAUUAUUUUAUAGAGAUGAUGAAGAAUGACAUACUAAAUUAACAGCAUGAAGAAUGUGAAACAGGGUUGCUUAGAAUCGGAUGUUUCACGUGAGCUUAACUAUGCAGGGACCGGGG